AUGGCUCUCAGAAGAUCGGCGAGAGCGGCGACACGCACUGCGCAACAGACCGCGAGUACUGCGAUGAAAAGAAGACACUCUGGUUCGUCGACUGGUGAAGAGACGCUCAGCAAGCGCGUCGACAGCCGAGCAGCCAAUCGUUCCGCGAAAAGAGACGGAAUUGCGCAAAGCAGUGAUGGAGACAAGAAGAAGCCAAACGACCAGGCCAGCAAUGUCAAAGCAGAGGAGCCCACAGCCGGCGACAACGCCGGCGCCGACAAGAAAUGGAAAGCAUGGUCCGCCCACGCGACAUCCACGCCAUACCCUGACUUCGGCCACCCCACAAACCGCGAGUGCCAACUAGCCUACGAUAUCCUUCACAAACUGCACAACACCGCCGUAGAAGCCGAGUUCAAAGACACCAACACACCCGAGACAAUCCCAUUCGUCCUCGACGCCCUCAUCGUCGCCGUGCUUAGCCAAGCCACGAGCUGGAACAAUGCGAAACGCGCAAUGGACAGUAUGAAAGACACGUACGGCUCGGUGUUCGCCUACGAGGAGAUAUAUAAUGGGGGUUCGGAAAAGCUACAAGAGACGAUCCGCUGCGGCGGCUUGCACAUCAGAAAGACUAAGAUCAUCAUGUCCAUCCUUGAGGAAGUGAAGCGCCGCUACGGACACUGGAAUCUCGACCACCUUCUCGAAGCCAGCGACGAAGAUGCCAUGAAAGAGCUCAUGAGCUACAAGUACGUGGGCCCAAAGUCUGCGUUCGUGGUUCACGGUUGA